AUGGCGUCUGCUCGCAUCGCCGUGCUGACGGCGGUGUUUUCGCGGAAGCUGAGCGCGCAGGUGGACAAGGCGGUGUCGUGCGACGUGCGCGACGCUCUGCUCGUCGACGCGCGCGUCCAUGAGCAGGCAGCGCCGGACGACGCUGCCGCGUGCUCAUCGCGAGCGCUGCACGUGAGCUCCAAAGCGGUGGCUCACCCUCGCGUGGUUCUGCCGCGGCCGUCGUCGUCCCUUGCGGCGGUCUGCAAGACGGACUCUCGCGCCAUCGUGGCCACUCUUGGAACUCCCGCCGCCGGCGGCAUGCGCGAGGCGCACCACGCCUUGCCGGCGAAUGGAGCCGCUCACUUACCUCCCCCCAACGGCGUCGCGCCUCUCUCGCACGAUUCAAGCGGCGCGUCGAGCAGGUUAGAUCAGCGCGCGCGGUGGACGAAGCGGAAGAGCCGGCAGACGCCGCGGCAGGCGGCGUGGACGGCGGAGCAGGUGCGCGAGAGGGAGCGGCGGAUCGUGGAGGAGGUGGCGCGCGUGUCGGAGGGGCGGAGCGUGGCGGCCGUGCUGGACGCGUGGGCGGGGCGCACGACGCGCGUGGAGAUGUCGAGCGUUGUGAAGGAGCUCGGCGCGCAGCGCAAGGCGCGGCGGUCGCUGGAGGUGUUCGAGUGGAUGGACGCACAGCGCGGGCGGAUGCGGCCCAACGGGCACACGUACACGCUCAUGCUCGGCAUCCUCGGCAGGGCGGGCAUGGUGGAGGAGGCGGAGGUGCUGUUCGCGCGGUUCCGCGCGGCGGCGUUCCGCGACAAGGUGCACGGCUUCAACGCCAUGCUGCACGCCUGGCUCUCGCACGGCCACCCGCAACGCGCCUGGACGCUCUUCCACCUCAUGCAGCAGCAGCAGCAGCAGCAGCAGCAGCAGCAGCAGCAGCAGCAGCAGCAGCAACAAGAAUUGGCCGCCAAUGGCGGUGCCAGCGGGUCCGUCCCCACCGCCGGUCCCCUCGACUCCUCACCCCGCAAGCCCCCCACCCACGUCGCGUCAGAUGCGUCCCCGCCUCCCGUCCCUCCCACUUCCCACUCGUCCUCUGCCCCAUCCGCCGCCCGCGCCACCCCCGACCACUCGUCGCAGCCGUCGCAAGCGCCUGCUGCGCGCAGCGACGGCCGCGGCGACGGUGACGGCGAUGGGGCCGGUGCGGCGAGCUGGGGUCCGCCGCCGGCGCCGGACGCGGUGACGUACAACACGAUGCUGAGCGCGGGGCUGGCGGGCGCUGGCACGGCGGGCAGGGGGAGGGCCAAGGGGCGGGGGAGAGGCAAAGGCGCAGGCAGCAGGGGGGGAGGGGCCAGCAGCGGCGGAAGUGGCAGCAGCGCAGGGCGGCAGGCGCUGGCGCUGUACGGCGAAAUGAAGGCGAGCGGCGUGCGGCCCACGGCGCGCACGUUCAACAUCCUGGUCGCGCUGCUCGGCCACCACGGGCUCGUCGCCCAGGUGAGCCUCGUCGCCCAGGUGAGCCUCGUCGCCCAGGUGAGCCUCGUCGCCCAGGUGAGCCGCGUCGCCCAGGCGGAGGGGGUGGUGGCGGAGAUGAGGAGGGAGGGGGUGGAGGCGGAUGCGCACACAGUGAGCGCGGUGAUGACCAUGUACACGCGCGCGGACCGCCCUGACGACGCCAUCCGGGUAUGCAGACGCCGUGCCAUGCCCACCGCUCACACCGCACCUGCUCACUCCCCACGCUGCUCAUUCACAACCCACCACGCUCACUCACACCCCCCGCGCCCACACCCCACGCCAUCCGGGUACGCCCUUGGCUUGCCAUGCCUAGCGCCCACACCCAACGCGCCCACACCCAACGCGCCCACACCCAACGCGCCCACACCCAACGCGCCCACACCCAAUGCGCCCACACCCAACGCGCCCACACCCCACGCACCCACACCCAACGCGCCCACACCCAACGCGCCCACACCCAACGCGCCCACACCCCACGCGCCCACACCCAACGCGCCCACACCCAACGCACCCAGCCCAUGCUCCGCCUCAUGCUCGCGGCGCUGCUUGUGCACUGGUACGUACGAGAGGGCGGGGGCAGCGGGGGUGCGGCCCUCACAGGCCAUGUUCACGGCGCUCAUGGCGGCGCUCACAGCCGCCGGCCGCCCCGCAGACGCCGCCGCCGCCUUUGACGCCAUGCUGCAGGCGGGCCUCACUGCUGACGUGGCGGCGUGCGGGGCGCUGCUGAGGGCGCUGGCGGAGGCGGGGGAGGCGGAGCGGGCGGAUGCGGAGCUGCAGGCCAUGCCGGCGCGGCACGGCGUGCAGCCCAACGCCAUCGCGUACUCCGCUGUCGUCAUGGCCUACGGCAGCAGCCAUACCACCCUCUCCCAGGUGCUGCCAUCGCGCCUCCACUGCCUUGUUCUGCUUCACGCCUUUCCGCCUGUGGCUGAGAGCGCCUCACACGGUAGCCUCACAGGUGAGAGGGGUUGUGCUCAGCAGGUACGGCUGCAGGCUCAAGGCACGGCGUCCACCCACAGGGCGCCUGGCAGCUACCAGUGCACUGAUGGGCCUCACUUAACGCUGUUCUAUCUGGUGUGUGUGUAUGGCUGGUGUGCUUGCAGGCAGGGCAUGUGGGAGGAGGCGGCACGGGUGUUUGAGGGGAUGCUGAGUGCGGGGUGUGAGGCGGACCUGCAGGCGUUCAACAUCCUCAUGGCGGCCUACGGCCUGCAGGGCCUCUCCCUGCCCGCCGCGCAGCUCUUCCGGCGCCUGCAGGCGCACGGGCUGCGCCCCGACGCCGUGACGUACAACACGCUCAUCCACGCCCUCUCCAAGGCCGGCCUGCCCGGCGCGGCCCUGCGUGCGCUGGAGCACAUGCGGCAGGGCGGGUGCGAGCCCGACCACGUGACGCGCUGCCUGGUGGCGCGCAUCCUCCACGAGGCCGGUCGCCACACCGACGCCGAACACAUGCUGCGCCCGCCCCCCCCACCCCUUGCUGUGCCCUCGCAGCGGUAG